GUGGCAAUAGAAGUGUGCCAUGCUCGUGGAUGCUUAUUUGCCUUUGAACACUUAAGAAAGGAUAUUAAUCCAAUAUUAAUAAACAGUACUGAUAAAACGGACUAUAUAUUGAAUAGAUACUGCCUUACAGUUCCUUGCUCAGAAGAUUUACACGCCUUAUCUCAUUUAAUCUGUGCAAUAGCUCAGGGAAUUAGAUAAGAUGGUUACACCCAUUUCACAAAUGCAGAAAUUGAAACAGGGAUCGAUUAACUUGGCUAACGGCAUGCUUUAGCCAAUAAGUAGAAGAGGCCAGAGGAACAGACUCCAGGCCUGUACUAUCCAUUAUUACCAGAGGUAGAGGGAAAGGUAUGUAUUAGGUAGGCCAAUCCGUGCUGAUUCUGGGUGUUUUAAUUCCACUGGGAUUUAUGCUGCUUGAGAAUGUAAAUGGACAUGAUGAAGCUACACUUUUAAUCCCAGAGCUAUAAUAAAGGCUGAGGCAGGGAGAUCACAUGUUUGAGGCCAGCCUGGAACUCUGUCUCAAAACCAAAUAACUGAGUAAAAUAUAAGUUUUAAAAGCAUGUAUGAUCAAAAUUCCUCUUGAGAAGUCUACCAACAGGUAGACUCUUGAGGCCAAUGCACGAAAAGAUUUUGUACGAAACACACCAGGAAGCAAAGCAAAUCAGACCAUGAAGCAGAGACUACCCAGAUGUUAAACAAAAAUAAUUGUUUUGGUUUUGGUUUUGGUUUGAGACAGAGUGUGUGGCCCUGGCUGAGCUGGAACUCAACGUGUAUGUCAAGCUAGCCUUGACUUCAUAGAGAUCCACCUGCCUCUGCCCAGUAGGGGCUAAGGUUACACUAUGUCUGGUGUAAACAAUGAUAAUUCUUAAAUGUCUCUGCAAGAAACAAAUGAAACAGCACAGUAUAUUUCCCCAGAAAUAGACAGUACACCGUCAGUCAGCAUCAGCUCACAUGUACCCUCUGCACUCCACCUCUCUCAGGCGGAUCGAACUGGAAAAGCUGAAGAGGUGAAUGGAGAGGAGUUAUAGGAUACUGGCAAUUGUCUAUCUCCCGUAGGAUCUUGUGUGAUGACUCCAUACUAACUUUUGUUGUUAUAUUGAUCGAGCAAAUCGAUUUCCCCAAGUCACGCAGUCAACCAAAGACAGACAAUGCUUGGGUGUUUGCAAAGCCCAAUGCCAUCCAGGCUAUUGGGGUGAUGUCUUUUGCGUUCAUUUGCCACCAUAACUGCUUCCUAGUCUAUGGUUCUCUCGAAGAGCCCACAGUAGCGAAGUGGCGCCGGAUUAUCCACACAUCCAUCUUGGUUUCUGUAUUCAUCUGUGUGCUCUUUGCAACGUGCGGGUACUUCACUUUUACUGGCUUCACUCAAGGAGACUUGUUUGAAAAUUACUGCAGAAGUGAUGACCUGGUGACCUUUGGGAGGUUUUGUUAUGGUAUCACUGUCAUUUUGACUUACCCGAUUGAAUGCUUUGUGACCAGAGAGGUAAUUGCCAAUGUGUUUUUUGGUGGGACUCUUUCAUCAGUGUUCCACACCGUCUUAGCAGUGCUUAUCGUUACUGCAGCCACACUGGUAUCAUUGAUGAUUGAGUGCCUUGGAAUAGUUUUAGAACUCAAUGGUGUGCUCUGCGCGGCUCCUUUGAUUUUUAUCAUCCCCUCAGCUUGCUAUCUGAAAUUAUCCGAAGAACCAAGGACACAUUCCGAUAAGAUAAUGGCCUGUGUCAUGUUUCCCGUCGGGGCGGUGGUGAUGGUGGUAGGCUUCGUCAUGGCUAUCACAAAUCCUCAGGACUGCACCCACGGGCAGGAAAUGUUCUACUGCUUUCCUGAAAAUGUCUCCUUCACAAACACCUCCUGGUCUCAUCUUCAACUGACAACAUAACUUUCAAUUCGGAACCUCGGCAUCUUUCAGCGAGCUGGCUGCUUUAAACAACAUGCACCUGUGGUUGUCUCUUUGUCACAAGAUUAGCACUGAUGAGCAUGGAGACUUGCUUGUCCUUAGUCUUUAUGCCAAUAUGGAAAAAAUUUUUAAAAAGUUGAAUAUAUAUUUUAUCUUAAACUAGGGCAGAUAUCUUAUUGUGACUGUCCUAAUCUAAUUAAGAAGGACCAGUGAAGGCCUAAGUUCCUAAGUACCCAAGUACCUAAGAAACUAAGUACCUGCUUUCAGCCAUACAAUUUAUUAUUAUUAUUAUUAUUAUUAUUAUUAUUAUUAUUAUUAUUAUAUUAUUAUCUUGUAUCUCAACAACUGUAUUGUGCUCCCAAAUAAGUAGGUAACUAGAGGUUAGAGCUGAGGGUGAGCUUCUUCAGGAAAAACAAAAGGUUUAAUGGGUAUAUAGGAUGAAGGGAGAGGGAAAUGCAACUCUUAGAUAGGAGAGCUACCCCAGCAGCAAAGAGAAGGCCUCUACUGUAACUUAGGGAAUAGCCUUUGUUUAGGGGCAACUGGGUCUCUGGAUGAAGAAGCAACACCAUCCCCAGUUAUGAAGCUCAAAAAUUAACGUGGAUGAGCAUAGAAAGCUCUGUAUGGGAUAUCAAGAUUAUCUCUAGGCUUUGCAGUUGUGGGAAUUUGAGGAAUGAGCUAUUUGAAACAGAAAUACACUCUUGCCCUAAUGCCUUAGCCUGACAUCAGUUGUGUUUCUAAUGCAGACUUGCUGAGACUAUAGCAUGCCAGGAGCUGAACCUAGAGACUAAACGCUUACCUUGAAUCUGGGAUUCCCAACUGAACAGACAAUGCUCAGUGUCUGGGGCCUUCUGGGAACAGUAGGGACUGCUUGUGGACUAGGGUGUUUUGUUUGCUUGCUUGCUUGCUUUGUUUGUUUAGGGAAUGUUUGGUUGGUUUUUUGUUUGUUUGUUUUUGGUUUUGUUUUUUGUUUUUUUGUUUUGAGACAGGUUCUCACUAUGCAAUCCUGGCUGGCCUGGAACUAACUAUGUAGACCAGGCUAGCUUUGAACUCAUGGAGAUCUGCCUGUCUCUUCCUCCUGAGAGUGCUGGGAUUAAAGGCAUGAGAACACCAUGGGCAAUGACUAGGUAGCAGGUGCUAACUUGGAGGUUGCCAUAUAGGGUAUUUACUGGGAAUCCUAAGGAGCAGCAGAGAGGGAAGGUAUCAGAACUGAAGAUGAGAAGUGGAACUCUAAUACUGAUGGGGCUCCUGCCACAGGGCUGGCCCUGUUCUGAGGACCUAGCAAAAGUUCCUGCUGCUGUCUCCCUUCAUGAGUGCCUGAAUAUGGCUGCUAGAGAAUAGGGCCCUGGGUCAGACUGCCAUUUGCAGCUGAGCAAACUGUAAAGAGGUAAGAGCCAGGGGCUAGAGACACCUGGGAGAAAUAGCUGUGCCUACUACAGGCAGCCUCCGUUCUGAGUAAGGAUUUCAUGUCUUCAAAUAUUUCAAAAUCUAUAACAGGUAGAAGAAAAUCAGAAUCAGCUCAAUGGUUUCCUUAUAUCAAGUACCACCAAGAUGGUAAUUUUUACCUUUUCAUCUGUCUUUCCAUCAGUUUGGGCCAUCCUGAUGCUAAUUAUGAGAUAAUGUUAAAAGCAUAGUUAAUAUAGACAUAUUUUUAAAAUAUACAGGCCAUAUAUCCCCCAGGAUCUAUAUAAAACUGUUUCACAUUCGUUUCAAUCAAGUGAUGAGUGUUAAGUCAUCAAACAACACAGUAGGCCUAACAAUGGUUCCCAACCUUCCAAGUGCUGUGACUCUUUAACACAGUUCCUCAUGCCAUGGUAACCCUCAACCAUAAAAUUAUUUUCAUUGCUACUUCAUAACUAUAAUUUUGAUAUUGUUACUAACUGUAGUGUAAAUACCCGAUAUGCAGGAUAUCAGAUAUAUAACAUUUGUGGAAAGGUUGUUCACUCCACGCAGGGGUGGAGAUCCACAGGUUCAGAACCUCUGGCCUAAAAAAAGGUAGAUGAGCUGGGUUUGGUAGUGCAUGCCUUUAAUCCCAGCACUUGGGAGGCAGAGGCAGGCGGAUUUCUGAGUUCGAGGCCAGCCUGGUCUACAGAGUGAGUUCCAGGACAACCAGGGCUACACAGAGAAACCCUGUCUUGAAAAACCAAAAAAAAAAAAAAAAAAAAAAAAAAAAAAAAAGGUAGAUGGAUGGCUCAGCAUUAAGAGCAUUCACUGCUAUUUCAGAGAACCAGAGUCAAUUCCCAGUACCUACCUACAUCAGGCUUCUAAUACUUGUCUGUAACUAUAGUUCUAGGAGAUUUAGAACCUCGAGCCUCCUUGAACAUUUAUGCUGAUAUGCAUAUACCAAAAUAUAUACACAAUUAAAUAAAAUACAAAUAAAUCCUAAGUAAAGAAAGAUCCAAAGAAGCCCCAGGAGUAUACAUUAACAGGUCCAGGGACUGGAGGUGGGUUUUGUUUCAGUAGAGCAUCAUCCAUGCCACUGAGGUAAUACAAGCUCUGUUGACUGUAUGCUCUUCCAAUAUUUAAUUUAUAAAUUUUUUAUCAUCCCAUCAAGGCUCAUACAUCUAAGCCAUUAUGCCCUUUAAAAGUAAGUACAUGCUUUUAGAAUGGUGCAUAUUGAAACAGUUAUGAGAAUACUUUCAUCCCAUGCUAAUGAAAUGUCAAAGAUGUUUGCAGCAGGUUAUGUAUAGAUCACUGAAGACUGAGGAGUGCUGGCCCACCACUCACUUAUUAGAAAGUGUCAGCAGAGGUGGAGAGAGACCUAAGUGUAAGCCGAGGGCAUCAAGGACAAUGCAAUUUAAUACUUAGCAAUCUAUCAUCUUUUACUUUGGGUAUUGCUUCAGACUUGUUAAUAUUGAACCUGCAGCUAGAUGAAAAAUCCCCUGGAAGGACCCAAAUGUGUCUUUAAUAUCCAAUAGAUAUGUGUUUGCUUGUUAUUAAACAAAUGGAAAACAAAACCACCUUUGACCCAGUUAUCAGGAGCAUUAUUGCCAACAUCUUUCACAUUGUGACAGGAUGAAGUUUAGGGACUCAGUGUUGUUUUGUAGAAAUGCAGAAUAACAGUGUGGCCAAAUAAAGCCUAACCUUCCAUC